UGUAACUUUCAGCGGCUGAAAUCAGGUCUUAUUUGUUGACAAAUAUAUUCUAAAAUUAUGUAAGCAAUACUGACAAAAUAAAGUUUUACUUAGAUUAUUAUUGUCUAACUAUAUCCUAAAUAAAUGUUUUUUUGAAAUAUUGGUAACAAGUUACAUACUGUGACUAAUCUGUCAAACUAUUUUAUUGAUAUUGCAAGAACUGAUCAAACGUAAACUUCCGGUGUUUAGAAUUUUUCAAAAAUGUCUAAAAUAAAAGCUUGGAAGGAGCUUUUGCUGAAGAAGUCAAAACUACAGCUAGCAUACGAUAGACAGCAACAGUCUGGGGAAAUAAGUACACCGUUCUGCAUUAGUAUUCGUAAUGUUGAGGGCCUUGUACAAAAGAUUGACACAGGACAGGCUGAGUUUGAGAUAUCUAUGAGUCUGUUUGAUGUCACGUACAAACAGUUCUUUGGUCACACCUGGCAUGGACCUGCCAUGCAAGCUAAAACUGCAGCUGGACAAAAACUCCGUCUCAAUUACAACCAGAAUGUGUAUUUGCACACGUCUCUGAAUGAUCUCAACAUAAUAGCCGUGCUAGAGGUAGCAGCAGUCACAUAUGGAGAUAAUGGGAAACAGGAACGUCAUAGCUGUGGGUGGGGACUAUUCCGCGUUUUUAAAUAUGAAGGGGACAUGUUAGAUACCAACAGUGCUUCACCUGCUCCUACACAAAAAAUUGACAUAUAUCAUGGCUCUCCCCGAGCUUUACUCUACAUGGAAGACCCCAUUGAAAGUAAUGAAUAUCUAACUGCAAUCUCUGGCUGCCAAUUAUAUUACACAAUAAGGACACAUAAAAGUAUGGUAAAGAUAAUGCACCUGGUUCCGGAGAACUUUCUGGUUGGCCAACAGGACACAGUGCCCGGAAUCAUGGAGGUUGCUAAAGAUCCAACCGGUUCGGAUAACCUUAGAAAGCCAAAGCUGUUGAAGACGCUGCAGUGCCAUAUAGACCAAGUGUCCCUGAACAUGCUACCACAGCUUGACAAGUUUGAAGAGGAGCUGUGUAAACUGCUGAAUGAGGACAGGAUUAACAGGGAGAAUAAAGUAGCUGAUGGCACCAUUGUGGCUGUCAUUGAAAGAAGAUUGCAGAUUGGUGUGCACAAUGGGCUGUGCUAUGUACAGGAACCACAGUGUGUUUAUCUAGCCCUGGACCAUGCAGGGCAAGGCAUGGGGACACGACGGACAUCCUCUCUAAGACGUGGAGGUACAUUACCCAGCCAUUCAAGGUCACCUUCUGUGGGCUCACUGGGUAGUUUGGGCAGUGCCCUCGUGUUAAAGAACCGUGUUGAGCUGGAAGGAAUGUGUGAGGACCCUAUGAUGACUGUGGUAUUUAUGCUGGAAUAUGUGGUUGGAGAACCUAUUAGCUCUGAAGAAAGAAAGCUACUGAAUACAAAUAGCAGAUCCCAAUCACAUACAGUAGCUGUACGCUGGGCCGCUUGGAGUCCAUUCAACUCAAAUACUCGGAACUCUGACAUCACAAUACAGAUGCUUGGAGGGCCCACUAUAUGCCCUGAUUCUGUUCAUGUCUAUAAGAACCCUCCAACUGAAAUGCAGGAGUUGUCAGCUGCCAAAAAAGCCGCAGGAUCACUCACCUUCAACUUUGUCAAUGAAAAAUUCCAGAAACCACAGGGUGAAAAGAGCACCAACUUCCACCAAGCGGCAUCUCUCUUGCACCAGCACAAGCACUUGAGCACAUCUCAAGCCAGCAUGGGAACAGAGGGGGAGAGUAGCAUACUCAAUGAGAUACCUGUCACACCUGGUAAACCUCCAAUGCCUAGAAGAACGGGUACAGCUCAAUCCUACCUGUCAGUGCCAGGGUCAGGCCAAUUUGUACCACCCCCACAGGCCAGCAUGAUGUUCCCUCAAAAUCAAGUAUUUGCCCAAGGCACUCAGAGUGGGUACUCCCCUGCUCCCACCCCCAUGAUGUCAGGAAUGGUGAGUUCAGGCUACCCUGGCCUCAUGCAGUCAAUGAACAAUAUGUAUCCCAUGGAGAUAACACACCUUAGAGAUCCUGUGUCAGCAAGAAUGGGGAUGGGAAGUCCUGAGUUAAAUGAGCUGCCAUUCACCCCUGUCCAUGCCCCUAUCAUGGUUACAGCCCCUAAUAUGACCAGUGGUCAGGGUCUCUCCAGGGCAGCCUAUGCUAAACUAUACAAUGCUGGUUUCCCACCAAUACUUGAUAGAAAUGACGAGCCCCCUGAAGUGGUAGAUCCCACAGAUGUCGCGACAUUUGUAAUGGGCAAUGAGGAGGCUGAUGAUUUACAGUGCAAUGAGAUCACGCUGCAAUUUCUCGCAUUUUCAAAGAUGCUAUCCAGUGGGGAUAGCCCUACAGGUAGCAAACAAGGUACAGUCUUCUUCACGUUCCAGUUCUACAAGUUCCCACAGGUCACAACAGAAAGACUAUUAUUGGGUACAGUUGAAGGAGACCUCUCGAUGGAUCCACAAUGUUUACCAUGCCUGCUUCAGAAGCUUAACAAUGAUGGGUCUGUGUUGAAGGGUCUCCCAGGAUACCAGAUGAAAUACUACAUGGACCCAAACUAUCUGACAAUAGGAGAGGGCCGACUGUUUGUGAAGUACCUAGCUGAGGGCACCUUACAUAUUGAUGUAUGGGAUGGUGAUUCUUUACUGCUCAUAGGAUCAUGUUCCAUAGAGCUAAAGCCACUAUGUAGACAAGGUCGUGAGGCUGUUCAGGUGACAUAUGAACUAGAUGUUGUUGCUACUGAGUACUCAGAGACUGACCAGGAGCCUAUGAUGACUGACCCCAAUGCAGGGGCUGCAGUGAGGCCUGUUGGUGUACAGGCUCUAAUGAAGGGAAGGCUGCAUCUACGAAUGGCCAAUGUUGGUUAUGAGGCUGAUAGAAAGGCAAGGACAACAGGGUCUAUACAAAUAUUUGGUACCCCUCAAAAAGUAGUAGAUCAGCGUGGAAAGUCCUCAUUCUUAGGAGGGAGUUUAAAUGCUGGAAUAACUAGAAUGCAAGGCACAAAGCGCAACAAGGCAAUGCCCCUCACAGCCACAAAUCAGGAAUUAGCGUCACUGUUGAAUACUAAUUAUGACAAGAGUAUAAGACCUUUAGAAGAGUCAAAUCGUGAGGGCGAUUCAGCAAAGCAACGGAAACUGCGUAGAAUGGAAGCUCUCAGGAAGCUGGAGGGCAGUGAAAACCAGCUACAGACUGUAACUUCUUUCAGGCAGGAAAAAGCUGAAAGAAUGCAAAAUCUACGCACAAUAGAACUGUAUAGAUCUGAGAAUAAACGUGAUGGAAUACUGAACAUGUUAAACCAGGCAAUAUCCAAAGAAUACACCAUACAUCCUUGUAUGGGAACCACUGAGUUCUUUGAAUUUGUCUUAACUAAUCCAUAUAAUGUUAAACAUACUAUAAACCUUGAAUGGGAGGAUGCAGAUCUCAAUUUAAUCACAGAUGCUAGAGAGUGGAGGUAUUUCAAAGUGCUCAACAACCUAAAUACACCAGUUGAGGAAGGGAUGUUCAAUACGCAGAGUUCAUCACUACGUCCUGAGAUUUUUCUACGUCCUAAAGAAACCGUCCAUGUGCCAUUCCGCUACCUCACAUUUAGGGCAGACCACUCUGUACAGUCCCAGGGGCCCCAUGAUCCUUACCAUCCAAAGAAACCAGAAACGAAGAAAGAAAAUGUUAUGGACAGCAAGAUUAUCAAAAUCCAUUUUAAAACAGAGGAGAACAAACCUGUUGCAAUAUUGUCAUUACAUGUGGCCCCACAGCCCCAUAUUGUGGACCAGACAUUCAGGUUUCAUCAUCCAGAACAGUCAUUCUUGAAAAAGUCAAUUCGUCUACCACCAGUCAGCAACUUGCCAAAUGCUCCCAUUGCUGGUGAGAUGAGUCAAAUAUUUGUGCGAUGCAGUGACCCAAAUGUCAUCUGUGAAACAAGAAUGGUCCCUUCAGGUGAACCCAUGGACAUGAGUUUCAAGGUGGCAUGUGGUGCCUCGCCUCAACUAAAGAAAUUCUUUAUCGCCAUCUAUACGGACCACUAUCAAUCAAAGCCUGUCCAGACUUGGCAAUUCUAUGUUCACUCCCUGCAGAGGGUGGAUGUCCAGUGUGUAGAAGGGCAGACAAGUCGCUUUUCUCUUAUACUCAGGGGUACUCAGGCAUCUCGGCUGGUGAAGUGUUUCUCAUCACAGCCCAAAGAAAUGCAGAUUAAACCAAACCAGGCAUUCAUGCUGCCUGCAGGGGCAGUCCAAGAGAUCAAUGUUGGAGUGAGACCUCUGCAAGUCGGCAGCAAGUUCCUGUACCUUAACGUUGUGGACACUGAAUAUCAUCAGCUGAUUCGGACAUGGUUAGUUUGCAUCAGCUGUCGCGCACCCCUGGUGUCUAAAGCAUUUGAAUUAAUGCUGCCCGUGGGAGGGGGAAAAGGCUCCAAUAAGAGGAUAUCAUAUAUGAACCCAUAUCCCACAAAGAAAACAUUCUUGCUCUGCAGCAAUAGAGAUGAUCUUGUACAAUUUAGAGACACACGGCUGGAAAUUGGGGCCAUGGAGUCAGCAUCUAUUGGACUGAGAUUUGCACCUAGUCAAACUCCAGGGUCAACUGAGAUUCUGGUGUUCAUCAAUGAUGAAGAUGAUAAAAAUGAAGAAACAUUUUGUAUCAAAGCUGUGUAUUCAUAAAUGGCAGCCUUAACCUCUUGAAAUGUGUGUCCAAUAGGUUUCCCCUUUAAUAUUAAAUGUGAUAUCACUCAGUCAGAUCUUAUUUUAUAUGCAUGAAAUAGUAUUUAAUGAGCAAUAUGAUACAUGCCAAGUAGCAAUAUUAAAAGGCAAUGCUCCAAUUCAUGAUUAUAAAGGAAUAAGAAGGGAUAGGAAAUCAGAAAUCUUACCAUGAUAUAUGUGUUCAAAUAUGGAAUUUAUUAACGAUUUAAGAUGCAAAUAUGUUUAAAUUCAAAAGGAUUGAAAUAAUGGAAUGUUUCAUUUUUCAAAUGACUUUAAAAUCAAAUACAAUCCUGAAAUAUAGUCAUGAUAAAUGGAAUGAUGAAAGCAAAAAGUAUUGUAAAUCAAAAAAUAUUGCAAAUUGUUACAUUUUUUAAAUUUGCUCUCAAGACUCAGUUUAAUCCCUUCUAUUUCCUUUAGUCAUGUUUUUGCUUGACAUCCCCCCACCCUGAAAAUGAAAGUCAAAGGUUUUUACAUUCAUUGUUACUAGAUUGUGCAGAGCAGAGGUUAGUGAUCUACAGUGUGCCUAUAAAUUAUUAUCUUUCAAUUGUGUAGUUCUUGAAAUCAGUUAAGAAAUAUGAGUAUUCUUUGGCCUUAUAUUGGUAGAGAUUUUGUGAUAGAUCUGGUUGCAGCUAGCAUGGAGAUGCCUUACAUUGUGAUGUGUAUAUAAUAUUAUAGAUAUGUAUUAGGUUAAUGUAAUACGAAUACAGUGUAGUGUAAUGGGAAACAUUUUGCUCAAUACAUACAAAAAAGGCAUACAAUAUAUGUAUGUCAUUGAAAAUGAAAAUCUGUUUAAGAGUAACUGUUUUUUGUAGCAGAAUCAGCUGUCAGAGGUGCUUAAGAUAAACUGAUGCAGGUGUUUCUGUGAUAAACUCUUAUAUUUUGAAACAUUGAUUUUUGAAUACAUUUAAAUCCAUGUGUGUGUAUAAUACUCUGGGAUAAUAUUAGUCAAGGCAGUACUAGGUAUUAUGUAUACUUACCGAUAUCACCUUUAACUUAUUUGGUCUGUAACUGGAAACGAGAAGAAUUGGCAAGACAACUACAUGUAAUAUCAAAUGCCCUUCUCCAAGUUAGUUCCUCACUGACAAAUCGUUUAUUUUUUUCAAACUACUGGGUAAAUGAGUUAAACAAAUUGGACUGAUACAUGUAUACAUUUUUGAAAACUUUUUGUAUUCAAAUUACAAUUAAAAUGUCUCAGGUUAAUUAACAUGGAAUCAUUGGUCCCUAUUGAUUCAAAUUGCCUUAGCAGUAUUGCCUUUGUAGUCA